AUGGAGUCGUUUGAGGUGCCAGUUAACGGGGUCUCUCACACUGAAGAUCCGUUCUCUGGACCACUGACAUCUAUUGCGCCCUGGAACUAUCACUUCCUGGCUGCGUUGAUGUUCAUAGUGACCACAUUGUCUCUCUCCGAGAACUUUGCGGUGAUGUUGGUGACAUUCAGGUUUAAACAGCUGAGGCAGCCUUUAAAUUACAUCAUUGUCAACUUAUCUCUGGCAGACUUUCUCGUGUCAUUGACUGGAGGGACUAUAAGUUUUCUGACUAAUUUCCACGGCUAUUUCUUCUUGGGUAAAUGGGCUUGCGUUUUGGAGGGUUUUGCGGUCACCUUUUUUGGUAUCGUGGCGCUGUGGUCGCUGGCUGUUCUGGCGUUUGAGCGGUUCUUUGUGAUCUGUCGACCACUGGGAAACAUUCGUCUAAGAAACAAACACGCUGCGCUCGGUCUGCUGUUUGUCUGGACCUUCUCCUUUAUCUGGACCAUCCCGCCUGUGUUAGGUUGGAGCAGCUACACUGUCAGUAAGAUCGGCACCACCUGUGAGCCCAACUGGUACUCUGGAAGCUUCCAUGACCACACCUUCAUUAUCACUUUCUUUACCACCUGUUUCGUUCUUCCACUGGGUGUGAUAAUCGUCUGUUACUGCAAGCUGCUCAGGAAGUUGAGAAAGGUUUCCAACACUCAUGGCAGGUUGGGUAACGCCAGGAAACCUGAGCGUCAGGUGACCCGUAUGGUGGUUGUGAUGAUCGUCGCGUUCAUGGUGGCCUGGACGCCAUACGCUGCAUUCUCAAUCAUCGUGACGGCACACCCCAGCAUCCACCUGGACCCUCGACUGGCAGCUGUCCCAGCGUUCUUCUCCAAAACAGCUGCAGUCUACAAUCCCAUCAUAUAUGUCUUCAUGAACAAACAGUUCAGGAAGUGUUUGAUUCAGCUGUUGAGCUGCAGUGACACCAUCACUAUCGAGGGCAACAUGAAUCAGACCACCGAACGAGCAGGUAUGACCGGUGAAAGCAACACUGGAGAGAUGUCUGCCAUCGCCGCCCGAAUCCUGGUGGCUGGAACCGUCCCGCCCAUAAGCGACAAUCAGUCAAGUGAUUGUAGCUCGUUCGCUCAACGUCCCAUUCCUGAGAACAAAGUAUGUCCGAUGUGACAGCAAACACACUGUCUUUUGUCAUUCAUGCUAUCUGGCUAAAUGUUGAAAUGUAUGUUUUUUCCUUUGGCGGCUAAAUUGUUUGUCUAAAUGUCCUGACAUUCAUGCAGUAUUUGUUAUUUAUUUUUUUGCCCAUUUUCUCCCAAUUUGGAAUGCCCAAUUCCCACUACUUAGUAGGUCCUCGUGGUGGCGCGGUUACUCACCUCAAUCCGGGUGGCGGAGGACAAGUCUCAGUUGCCUCCGCUUCUGAGACCGUCAAUCCGUGCAUCUUAUCACGUGACUCGUUGUGCAUGACACCGUGGAGACUCACAGCAUGUGGAGGCUCAUGCUACUCUCCACGAUCCACACACAACUUACCACACGCCCCAUUGAGAGCGAGAACCACUAAUCACGACCACGAGGAGGUUACUCCAUGUGACUCUACCCUCCCUAGCAACCGGGCCAAUUUGGUUGCUUAGGAGACUUGGCUGGAGUCACUCAGCACACCCUGGAUUCAAACUCGCGACUCCAGGGGUGAUAGUCAGCGUCAAUACUCGCUGAGAUACCCAGGCCCCCAGAAACACAUUUUAAGUUUUAUGCACUAAAGUAAAGUCUAAGCUUUCUAAUGAUAUAAUUAGUGUUUCUACUCAAAAUGUUGCUGAGAUAUAAUCGUGUAGAUAUUGCCUGACCCUUCACAUUUCAAAGUGAAUAUUUGUACUUAUUUCACACAACAACAAAAAAACCUUUUGCAUUAGUCCACACAACAGAAGCCAGAAUAUAGAAGUGUCCAAAUAAUGAAUAAAUGUACCAGAAUAAUGUUGCUUUCAGA